CUAUAAAUAUAUCGCUUGCGCAUUUCUGGAACAAAAACCCUAAGCAGUCGUGAAGCAACCCUAAGCUGUUGAGUGAAUCCAGGGCUAGGGUUUCAGAGAAAAGGGCCACACGAUGACUUUUAAGCGAAGGAACGGCGGACGAAACAAGCACGGCCGUGGCCAUGUGAAGUUCAUCCGAUGCUCCAACUGUGGCAAGUGUUGCCCCAAGGACAAGGCUAUAAAGAGGUUCCUCGUUAGGAACAUAGUUGAGCAAGCAGCUGUGAGGGACGUGCAGGAGGCUUGUUGUUUUGAAAAUUACGUUCUACCAAAGCUGUACGUGAAGAUGCAGUACUGUGUUUCAUGUGCAAUUCACUCCAAAGUUGUCAGGGUUCGCUCUCGUACUGACAGGAGGAUUCGUGAGCCUCCUCAGCGCUACAGGCGCAGGGACGACUUGCCAAAGCCGAAUCAAGCUGCACGCCCUGCAGGAGGAGGACCGGGAGCACCAAUGCCACCUCGCCCUUGAAAAUCAACUGCUAUAUCUGCUUUACUUUUAGGUCUUUGAACUUAAUUCAAUUAUGGAUUUUGUAUCCGAAACUUUUUGAUCCAGAUGUUACUACUUUUGUUGGAGGUUUUCUGCAGCCAUGCUAUCUUAUUAUUGAAAAUUCGGUUUGUGCAUUUUA